AUAGCAGGUGCAGGAGAUCAACUCCUAAUAGAAAUUCUCAAUUAAGCCAAAAAAUAAUUGCCUACAAGAAAGGGGGAGAUCUGCUGUGGUUGCUUGAAGAAAGAACCCUUGUACUACUUUCUCUUUUUGUCAUUUACUCUCUAAAUUUUUUUCCAGCAUGGAUGUCAAGGUCUGCCUGUUUCUUGUCCUACUCGGUGCUGUGUAUUGUACAGCUAGAGAAUUAGCAGCCCCUGACCUCCUUAUUAUAGAGACCGAGGAUGUUUCAGCAUUGUGGACAAGUAACCUACAGGCACAGAAACAACUUCAACCUCUGAAAGAUGUCAGCAACAUUAAAGGAUUAUGCACAUUGUGUGAAGAAUAUACUGCUACUGCGCUUGAUUACCUUUCUAAUAAGCAGACCCAGGCAAAAAUACUUGAAGUACUUCUCAUGACCUGUUCGAAGAUGCCAAUAUACAAGGAGGAGUGCACUGCCAUGGUGGAUCAAUAUGCUCAUCUCUUCUUCUCAGAGAUCUCCACUAUAAAACCUGACGACAUAUGCCAAAAGGUUGACCUUUGUCGGAAAGUGGUUUCCAUCUCUCAACAGUUCUCCCCAAAUGGCUGUGACUUAUGUCAUAAAGUGGUUGAAGAGACAGUAUCAAAGCUGAAAGAUCCUGACACUCAGUUGGACAUACUUGCAAUUCUCUUGAAGGCAUGUGGAUCUGCUGAAAAAUAUGCCAAUAAGUGCAAGAAAAUGGUCUUUGAAUAUGCACCAGUGAUCCUCAUUAACGCGGAACAUUUUCUGGAGAAAAAUGAUGUAUGCACUAUUAUGCAUGCCUGUCAGCCUGCUGUCGAUAAAGAGGAAGCGUUACCAGAGAUGCAAACUUCAUUGCAUUCUGCUUCUUAAGUGAAUACAGGUUACUGGUUCCAGCUUGGUAUGCUUUUGUAUGUAAACAAUUGGAUUACCAUCUUUCAGUUUGUGCCUUGUGUUUGUGUAUAAUGUGUUUUAUUUGAAGUGCAAACUUUAUCACUUGUUUAUAUACAAUGAUAUUCAUGGAAGAAGCUCAACUUAAUAAAA